AUGAAACUGAUUGUAAAUGCAAUGGGUUUGGGAAAGCUCGGCUUAGAAAAAAGAGAAGAUUUUAAAAGCAUUUCAAGUUCCGCAAGAAGAUCAUUUUCAAAUUCAAUUAAUCAACAUCGUUCAACAUUAUCAGUUGAUGAUUUGCAUAAAAAUCUUUUUCCUACUUGGAAAGAUUUUAAUUCAACAGAAGUUCAAACAUCAAAUAAUUUCCAGGGACAUGAAAUAAGUCUUAGUGCACUCCUCAGUCAAGCUAUCUUAAUGCAUUUUAAAUGCAUAAAUUCUGCAAUAAAAAUUGUCGUCCAAGAUCGCAUUCAAUAA